CGUAGUGGAGUGUGGUUGUGAGACCCUGCGUACUUGAGUGGGACUCGCUGACGUCAAGUGGAAGAAUUCGUUCGAAAGGGACCAGAUCAAUGAUGGAGGCUCGAUGUUCUCUCGUGCUGCUGCUAACUGCCAUGUCGCUGCUGCUGGGGCUGGUAGCAGCGCAGUGCCCCUGGAGGAGAGCUGUCCCAGAGCUGAGCAACAUGUGCGUGUGCGUGUCAGAUGAGCAACAGAAAUUGUCCAUUCAAUGCACGGACGCGAACUUCCCGCUGCUCAUGACCACCAUACAUAAGCUGGUCCGUAGCCGCCAAAUGGAUUUGCUGUACGUCAACGACUCGGACAUCGGGGUUCUCAACAGCAGGAUAUUUGACGGCCUGCACAUUGAGAACAUACAGUUCUCAUACUGCCGCAUCUACAACAUCAGUGAUCAAGCCUUCGUUGGGCUCGAAAGCUCACUGCAGAAUCUGAACCUUCAAGGCAACCGCCUGAAAAGUGUGCCUUCGCCCGCUCUAAAUCACCUCUCGAGCCUGCGUCUGCUGGACCUCUCCGGUAACCACAUCAACGUUGUACCCGACGGCGCCUUCGGGGGACUGCAAUUAGAGACUUUAAAGAUCGGCGACAACGACCUCCACCUCUCCCCCAACAGCUUCCAGGGGCUGGAAAAGUCUUUGAAGAACCUCAACCUGAAGGGCGCGGGCCUGGAUUCUGUUCCUGGCGCUAUUUUUUCCCUGGAAGCUUUAGCUUUCCUGGAUCUCGCGCAAAACGAAAUACAAGUCCUGCCGCCAGGGGUGUUCCGGACGCUGCACUCGCUGGCGGCUCUAAAUCUGGAGCGCAAUCUGCUGCAGUCGCUGGGCGCUGAUGUCUUCCUGGGAGUCAACGACACACUCAGCUCGCUGUCCCUGCUGAACAAUCUUAUAUCCGUGUACCCAACCGAUGCUCUCAACUCACUCACUGAUCUCAGGGUUCUCGACAUCGGAUUUAACUUGCUAGAAGACCUGCCGCUGAACGCGUUCCACAAUAUCAAGUCACUCACUCUGCUGGCUCUGGACGGCAACCAACUCCGCACUGUGCCGCUAGAACCUUUCCUGAACGUUGCGGGAUCACUCAAAGGACUCUCUGUCGGCGGGAAAUUCUUAGUUUGCGACUGCCACGUCUCCUGGAUCGUGGAAUGGAUCCAAAACAAAGACCUUCAAGUAACGUCACGCGAACGCAGCCCACAGUUCUGCGGUGAACCUGCCUACUUCAGACAACGAUCGUUUUACCAACUCACCUCUGAGCAACUGCUCUGCAACACCUCCAGCUUCACCGUAUCCUCUUCAGCAUCAGUGGCGGCCCCAGUCUCUGCUCCUACAUCUACCACUGGUAACGAUGCCCAGCAGCCUGACAUCCGAGUUGCUUCUUUUGGACCAACCCGCACGAGGACACCCUUACCCACAACACCACGACCUGAGGUAACCUCACUGCGCGAAGAUCCUCCCAUCCACCACAUGGAAGACUCCCCUCCUCGCACCCGCUCAGGAGACGGUCGGCAGGACUCGUCUCUCUCGCAGGACCAGCUUCUGAGGCCCAAGAAGAAGAUCCGCGUGGAUGAUCCUUCAAGGUCCGGACUGAUCCGCUCCGGGGACCAGGCCCCCAGAGUUCCUCCACAGCAGGUGGUGCCGGGUGGAGCUGGUGUGAGCAGAAGACCCCAGCUGGUACGUCACCCAGACUCCGUGGAGCAUCAUGAGCAGACACAGUUUGGAGCGGCGCUCAAUGCACUCAAUGAUGAGGUUAUCAUCCAAGACGCGUACAGGAAAGACAACUCAGUGAUCAUCCAGUGGGACUCAGAAGUGUCCAACAUCCUCGGCUUCAGAGUCGUCUACAGACUCUUCGGGGACAAGCAGUUCAAGCUCGGGCCACCCCUUGCGUCAUCUGAGCGGGAGUUCAAGAUCAGGAACGUGCCUACGCAGGAAUGUAUCGUCGUCUGCGUCGUCUCCCUCGAGGACAUCAACGUUACGCCUGAGAACGUGCCGUUCCCUCAGUGCCGAGAGAUCCGCACCGAAGAGUCUAAAGCCACACACAUGGACACCAUCAUCAUCGCUGCGUCUGCAGCCAUCUGCGGCACUGUCAUCAUAGCCCUCAUCAUAUUCAUCUGCUGUAACAGAAGACGCAGCAGUCGCCACUCGACAACAAAGGACGGCAUCCCGAACGUAAUAGCGCAGUCGGCAGCGCCCCUCGCUUCCCUCGGCACCCUUAGCGGGGGCCUUAAGCCUGACUGGGAUACUCUGUCCAUGUACUCGCAGCGCUCCAUCCCCAGGGCCAGGAUGUACCACAUGGACAAAGGGAACAUCAACGCGGGCUUCACCCCGGACGAGGUACAGUCGCACCUCUCGGCCGCUUCACUGCGUCCGCACUCCCGCGCUCUGGCAGACGCCCAGAGCACCCGGAGUUACGCUGGACUGUCCGCAGCACAUCUCGGUCCGCAGCUUGCUUCUCUAUCUCUUUCUAGACCAGACCUUCGCAUGUCCCGUCAGUCUCUAGCGAACAACCAGCUGAUGGGCUACAACAACUUAGGACAGGGUAUGAUGGCCAUGGGCAACAUCACUGGCAUGAACACUCUCAGCAACAUGGGACGCCUACAGGCAGGCCACCUGUCACGCGCUGCCUCGACACGUUCCAGACAUGCUCGCACCAAGUCUCGUGACAGGGCGAGUUCCAGGCUGAGUCAUGCUGGGUCAAGCCAUUCCCUCACUGGUUAUGACACUGACGGAUGGACUGAUCACGAUAUGGAUAUCUACGUUGCUCGUAACCCUACCCGGGGUGGGCUGGUGCAGCUCUAAGGAGUAAACCAAUACGUAGCAGACGGGUAGGCUGGCCAUGACAUUUAUAUUUAUGUUACCUACUGCCUGACACUGUUGACAACAAUUUUGAACCAUGCAUGAUCUUUGUCAAUUCAAUAACUUCGUUUGACAAAUUGUUUCGGUGAGGUCCACUGGUAAAUUCCAUUUCAAUCUGGAAUUCAUCAAUGGUUUGAAUUUAAUUUCGCUUACUUAUUUUUGCUUCCGUGAGACUAGCAAAUAAGACCAAUGACAUAUAUUGGUCUUGUUUAAUUUUUCUUGUUGACAUAAUUUCAAAGGAGUCAACAAUAUAGACUCCUUUGAAAAUCUCCAAUUUUUCUCCAGGUGUGAACUAAAGAACAUGGGCGGUAAAUCCUCUUUUUCAAUAACUCACUCAGAGUAAAACUGGUUGGCUUAGAACGCAAGUCACGUAUCAUUACUGCAACAAUUAAUGAAUGCAAUGAGGAAAAAUUAAGUAAUGUGUUGGUUUAUCCGUAUAGCCCAGGCUAUAACUUUUUUGGAGCUUCAUGACAGCCAGGCUAAAAUUGAUUAGCAAAAUAAAGGCACAUACUUGUUGACCUCCUAAAUACAAAAGAUAAAAUGUCGACAGAUUUAAUAAAUUUCUGAAUAACGAAAAUCAACCAAGAAAGCUCCGGUCUUGAAGAUUAACUCCGGAGAUUCUAGUUAAUCUCCAAGUCUUGGAGAUAACUCCUGUCUUGACAUUUGACCUACGAUGAUAUACGGAAAAAAUAUGACUCAGUACUCACUGCAGUGAGUGACAGAGAGCGCAU